GCACUACAAAAAAAACCAAAACUAAGUGACCGUUUCUUCUUCACAAUGGCACUGGAAGUGCUUGAAGCGCUCGAUUCAGCGCGCACGCAAUGGUACCACGUGACGGCCAUUGUUAUAGCGGGCAUGGGCUUCUUCACUGAUGCCUAUGACCUUUUCUGUAUCUCAACGGUUUCGAAACUUUUGGGACGGUUGUACUAUUUUGACCCGAGCACCCCAACGGUGCCUGGAAAGCUCCCGCUGAACGUGAACAACAUGGUCACCGGUGUCGCACUCGUUGGGACCCUCAGUGGCCAGCUCGUCUUUGGCUGGCUCGGAGACAAGCUCGGCCGGAAAAAAGUUUACGGUAUCACCCUGAUCCUCAUGGUGUUCUGCGCCAUUUGCUCUGGACUAUCGUUCGGGGCAACAGCGAAGUCUGUCAUGGGGACGCUCUGCUUCUUCCGCUUCUGGCUCGGCUUCGGCAUCGGCGGAGACUACCCGCUCUCCGCCACCAUCAUGUCGGAGUACGCCAACAAGCGGACACGCGGCGCAUUUAUAGCAGCCGUGUUCGCCAUGCAAGGUGUGGGGAUCAUUUUCGCGGGUUUAGUCUCCAUGGCCCUCUCAGGAAUCUUUAAAUACUACUACCCUGCCCCAGCGUACAUCGAUAAUCCUGUCUUGUCCACACAACCCGAGGGUGACCUUUUGUGGCGGCUUGUUCUCAUGAUUGGAUCUGUCCCUGCGAUGUUGACUUACUAUUGGCGAAUGAAAAUGCCGGAGACGGGGCGUUACACCGCCAUCAUCGAAGGAAACGUGAAGCAAGCCGCCGCCGACAUGGCGAAAGUCUUGGACAUAGAGAUCCAGGCUGAGCAAGAUAAGUUGGCGGAAUUCAAUGCUAACAAUAACUACCCACUCUGGUCAAACGAGUUCUUCAAGCGACAUGGACGCCACUUGAUAGGAACAAUGAGUUCAUGGUUUUUGUUAGAUAUUGCGUUCUACAGCCAAAACUUAACGCAGAAGGAUAUUUUCCCUGCGGUUGGGCUCAUACACAAAGACUUUGAAAUGGACGCUAUUAGGGAAGUGUUCGAGACGUCACGUGCCAUGUUCGUGAUCGCGUUGCUGGGAACAUUCCCAGGGUAUUGGUUCACUGUUUUCUUCAUUGAGAAGAUUGGAAGGUACAAGAUCCAACUUAUUGGGUUCUUCAUGAUGUCGUUCUUCAUGUUCAUCAUUGGGGUGAAGUACGAUUAUCUCAAGAACGAGGGCAAAGGCUACUUUGCGCUCUUAUACGGAUUAACGUUCUUUUUUGCUAACUUUGGACCCAAUAGCACGACGUUCGUGCUGCCCGCCGAGCUUUUCCCGACGCGCGUGAGAAGCACGUGUCACGCCCUUAGCGCUGCGGCGGGAAAAGCCGGGGCCCUCGUGGGGACAUUCGGAAUACAAAGUUUGACUGUGGGUGGUCAAUCAUACAAGAUUAAAAAGGUGAUGAUUAUUCUGGCGGUGACAAACUUGUUAGGGUUCUUCUCUUCGUUUUUGGUUACUGAAACGAAGGGACGGUCCUUGGAAGAGAUUUCUGGGGAGGAUGGGAGAGAGAGUGAACUCACGCCAACGCCCAAUAAUAGGAUUCAGGGUAGGAUUCAGGGUUCAAGGACUGAGACAAUGUGAACAAUGACUUGAAUUCAAUUGCGUGCUAUUACAAUACAAUAAUAAAAACAAUGGGAAUAAUAAUUAAUAAUUGGGCCAAAAUUUAUUCUUUUAAUAUAGGUAAUAUUUUAUGUUUUACAAAUAAGAGUGUGUCUCAGUGUUUGUAAGAUUAAUGCACGCAAACAUAUGCAUAGGACGAGAAGAUAUAUGUAUAACGUAAAGUGGUCGACUUUUGCGUCUCCCCUUGCUCCCCUAGAAAAAAAAAAUCCCCUUUCUUUGUUUAUUUUUGGUGGUAAUGAAUUUAUGUAUUUUAUUGAAUGUUUGUAUUUGUUCAAUAACUUCAUAAAUUAAGCAAUAAAAAUAUAAUUUUAAAUGUGAUAA